CUUUCCAAAAAAAAAAAAAAAAACCCAACCCAAACUUGUACCUGCACGCUUUGUGGUACAACCUAAAGUUAUACCUACAGUUAAAAAAAAAAAUUCUUUAUGGUACAACGUAAAAUUGUAUCUACACGCUAUGUACAAUUUUGAGUUGCACCUACACUUUGUGCAAAACAAAUUCUUCAACGGUACAACUCAAACUUGUACCCUGUAGGAUAUGUACAACUGUAAUUUGUACCUACACUUUUAUCGAUUGAUUCAUUAUUUACAAGAUUGUCAUUAAUAAAUGUGGGUCAAAACCUGCCAUGGGUCAAAACCUCGAUACCACCGAUGGACAGUAACAAAUCAUUCUAUGAUACAACCCAAACUUGUACCAAUACAUUAUGGUACAAGUUUAAGUACCUAGACACUAUGGUGCAACUUUAUGUUUGUACCAACACUUUCGAACAAAUCUCUCUAUGGUACAACUUCCUAUACGUUAUGGUACAACUUUAGGUUGUACCUACACUUUCGAACACAUCUCUCUGUGGUACAACACAAACUUCUACCUACACUUUCCAAAAAAAAAACCAACCCAAACUUGUACCUGCACGCGUUGCGAAACAAAUUCUUCAAUGGUACAACUCAAACUUAAAAUUGUAUCUACACGCUAUGUACAAUUUUGGGUUGCACCUACACUUUGUGCGAAACAAAUUCUUCAACGGUACAACUCAAACUUGUACCCUGUAGGAUAUGUACAACUGUAAUUUGUACCUACACUUUUAUCGAUUGAUUCAUUAUUUACAAGAUUGUCAUUAAUAAAAGUGGGACCAAGUCACUUAGUAGAUUUACCUCUCCAACCGAUAACCUUUUUUAUUUUUAUUUUUUAUAGCAUGAGUGCUAUAAAAAAAAGCACAGACCGUCGGUAUUAGUCAAUCAUUUUCCAAAGAGGAAAAGGUUUCCAGAAUCCAGUAGGGAAAAGGAAAGAAGUCAAGCUGUAGUACUAUAAAAGCAGAGGAGCUCAAUCGAUCGAAGUGCUAGUCGGCAAUUUAGGCAUGGCAGGCGACGGUGAAGAGCACUACACGGUGCUGGGGCUGCCUUCAGGGGAGUUAGGGUUGCGGGUGUCGUCGUCGGAGAUCCGCCGCGCUUACAAACGCAAGGCAUUCGAGCUGCACCCGGACAAGAGGCCCGGCGACGAGAAUGCAAAGCAAAAGUUCCAGAAACUGCAAUCCUCCUACGAGGUUCUCAAGGACGACACAUCUCGCAAGUUGUAUGAUGAUCGCCUUCGGCUCAAGAUCCUUCUGAAAUCCAAGCAGCGCCGGGAACGAGCUUCAGAUCAUGAUCAUCAUCGUUCCGAGCGAAAGAAGCAGAAGCAGAAGCAGCAGCAGCAGCAGCAGGACGACCUAGCUGAAGAGAUUCGGGAGCAAGCAAAGCGGCGGAGUUGGGAGCAAGAACAGCAACGCUUAGCUACAGAGUUCUCGGAGAAGAUCGCGAGGAACGUGCGCUUGCUGGCCGAGCACCAAAAGAAGCGAGCGUUCGAAAACUACCAAUUCCGGCGCAGAAUGGAACUUGAGGACCCGUUCUUCAUGCCUUACCAAUGGUUUUAAACAACGUUGUUGAGUCACAUUUUGGUGGCGGCACCGUGACUACCAAUUGACGCAAUCAAAACGCGUGUAUGCAAAUUAUCGAUCCAGUAAUUAAGAUAAGUAAAGUUAUCGUAAAAGCAAGUGUCUUUGUCAUCCAAACAAAGAGUACUGGGAGAAAACAAACUUGCUGAGGGAUUAUGUGCAGUGCUGCAUGGCCAAAUCUGUAGAACAAAACUCUUUCAGCAGGCUAAAGUUAGCAUUCCACAGAAUGAAUGAACAAUUCCAAAAGCAUACGUGUUCUCAUCCAUGUUUUUACGACUUGAAUUGAAUUAUUUGCCUUCGAUUAGAAGCUAUGGAGUCUUGAUGUAAAGUGUAGUGUCCUUAAGUACAAUGAAAUUGACUCUCUUAUCCCCGUGAACUAACUAACACACAUUAUGUUAGUGACCCACGUAAAUUUAUGUCUUCUUCACUUUCUUGCAUUGUCGAUUGUAUCCAGAUGCGCUCUUAAUAAUUCAUCAUUCCAGCUUGCUUUUAUCGAUUAUUAGCUUCUUUUCAAACUAAUCCUCGGUAAAACAAUAAAUCUAAAUGGAAGUUAGAAAGAAACCUAAAAUGUGACAUUUUUUGAAACUAUAAGACACGUAUGAGCGUAUAGUAUUUAUUUAGAAUUGCUAUAACUAGUUCCAAUUCCAUAGAAUUCAAAAUUUAGAAAUGAAAAUGAAUUCUUUUAAAUACCAAACAGAAAAAAAAUUCAUUUCAAAAUGAAUUCCUAAAAAACUUAUGGAAUUCAUUUAUACCAAUCAGUAUUAAAAGUAAAUAUUCAACAUCAUCAAAAAAUAAAAGCUUGAAUUGCUAAACUACUAAAUAGUUCAUCCAUACUCUCUUUUUUUAUCGGAACCCGCUAGAGUUUUAUUUAUCAGCGUUUGUCGUUACAUCAUCCAACAUCAGUUGAUCAACAAGAAAAACCGGCGGUCUGUCCAUCCAAACAAUACUCUCAUCCCAUCUAGUUUUCGAAUGAGCCAUGAUGUGGGCUGCCUUGUUUGCUUCACUGUAGAUGUGCUUCCAUCCAGUUUCGUCCAUCUCCGAGAGUUUCCUGCGAAUAUUUCUGCAUAACGCGCCCUCCUCCGUUCACACCUGUUCCGCCUUCUGCAUCAGCACUUGGCUGUCGGACUCUAGGAUUGGUCGUUCGAGCUGCAACUGCCAGGCUAACUGCACUCCUAGAUCAGCAGUAGCAGCCUCUGCCUGUAACCAUAGCAGUCAAAAUCGCACUUUAAAGCAUAUCUUUCUACCUAUUUAUACGAAGCUGUUGGUUAGUUGAUUGCUUUUGGUCACCCUUUCCAGCUUUCCUGGAUGGACUAAUCCACUAAAUUCUCAUCAGGGAUGACAAAAAAAAUAUCCAUAUUUGACUAUCUAUCUAAACUCAUCUUAAUACCGCUCAGAUUAGAUUUGGGCAAUUUUGUUUUGAAGAAGACCAUAAUCAACUUUUUAGUUUAACUCCAAAUUACACAUAUGUAUUGGUUACUCAAGAAAGUGAAUACCUAAUUCUAAUACAAUUUUUGUUAGGGU